CUCUCUCUCUCUCUCUCUCUCUCUCUCCAGUUAGGCCGUUACAAAACACGCAUGGCAGUUAACAACUUUUUAAAAAGAUAAAAUGACAUCCCUACUCUCUCCCGUCAGCAUCUCUCUCCAACAACCCCGCCAUUCCCUUCCCAUUCCAACUCAAACCCCCGCCGACCAAUGGCUACUCUCUUCUCUCAAAUCCCCUAAAUCCCAAUCACAAAUCCAAGCCCUCCAUGCCCACAUCAUCAAGACCGGCCUGGCCCACAACGAUCUUGUCCUCGGCCAGCUCCUCCUCUGCUGCUCCUCUCUCUCCAAUUCCCUCGAAUAUGCCCGCCGCCUGUUCGACGCGAUUCCCCAUCCAAGCCCCUUCUUCUACAAUGCCAUGAUCAAAGGAUACUCCGAAAACGGGGCGCAUGAUCAAGCCCUCCGUCUCUAUUCGCUCAUGCGGGCCCAGUCUGUACCUUGCGAUUCCUUUACUUUUCCCGUUGUUCUGAGGUCUUCAUCGAGUUUGGCGAGUAUUGAGGUUGGCGAGGAGUUGCAUGGGCUUGUUCUGAAGAUGGGUUUUGGUUUGAGGGUGAUUGUUCAGACCGCCCUCAUUGAUAUGUACUGUGCCUGUGGGUUGUCGGAUUAUGGGCGGAGGGUGUUUGAUGGAACGCGUGAACGAGAUGUGAUUUGUUGGAACACGAUGAUUGCUGGGUAUGUUAAGUGUGGGGAGUUUGGUAGUGCGAGGCAGUUGUUCGAUCAGAUGCCCAAGAGGAAUAUCUCAUCGUGGAACACUUUGUUGGACAUGUAUUGCAAGUGUGGGGAUGUCGAGAUGGCUCGGACCUUAUUUGAUGAGAUGCAGGAGAGAGACAUUAUCUCAUGGAAUGUGAUGAUCUCUGCGUAUGCAAAGAUUGGGGAGUCUGUUGCUGCAAGGGGCCUCUUUGACGAGAUGCCCAAGAGAAAUGUUGUGUCUUGGAAUGUGGUGAUUACAUGUUACAUGCACAAUCGCUGCUUUGCGGAGGCACUGGAGCUGUUUAGAAUGAUGCAAGCUUCAGACGUUAGGCCGAAUGAGGUUACUGUUGUGGCGGUGCUUCCGGCUUGUGCUCAUCUGGGGGCAUUAGAUGUUGGACAAUGGAUCCAUGGCUAUAUAAGUAGGUAUCGGAUAAAGAUGGAUGUGUAUGUUAAUACUGCUCUGAUAGAUAUGUAUGGGAAGUGUGGGAGUGUGGAGGAUGCACAGAAAGUUUUUGACAACGCAGUCAACAAGGAUAGCUUCCUGUGUAGCACGAUGAUCGAGGUUCUGGCAAUGCAUAGGAAAGCAGAGGAAGCAUUUGAGAUUUUCACAUACAUGAAAAGAGUGGGGAUGAAGCUAACUGAUGUCACGUUUGUCGGGCUCCUGAAGGCUUGCAGUCAUGCAGGCUUGGUGGAUGCUGGCCUGAAAUAUUUUGAUACGAUGAGCGAGUUUGGGCUGAUGCCUAAGGUAGAACAUUUUGGGUGUAUGGUUGAUCUUCUUGGCCGGGCUGGGUUUUUGAAUGAGGCCCACGAGCUUAUCAAAAGUAUGCCAAUGGAGCCUCCUGCAGUUGUAUGGGGAGCUCUGCUUAAUGCUUGUAGGAUGCAUGGCAAUGUCAAGCUAGCUGAAGAAAUUGCCCUUCGUCUGAUAGAACUGGAGCCUCAAAGUUGUGGGAAUUAUGUAUUGUUAUCAAACAUAUAUUCAAAGGCUAGUAGGUGGGAUGAUGCUGCAACGGUGCGGAAACUGAUGAAGGAGAAGGGUGUAAUGAAGAAGCCUGGGUGUAGUUCAAUCGAGGUGAACAACAGUGUCCAUGAAUUCUUUGCAGGAGAUGGAGCCCAUCCUUAUCGCGAAGAGAUCUACAAAAUGUUGGAUCAAAUGGCUCACAGAUUGAAGAAAGAAGGUUAUGUGCCAUGCACAUCUUCAGCAUUGCAUGCUGUGAGCAUGGAUGAAAAGGAGCAAGCGCUCAUCCACCACAGCGAGAAGUUGGCUGUUGCUUUUGGACUUAUAAGUACUGGUCAAGGAACCCCGAUUCGGAUUGUCAAGAAUCUCCGUGUGUGUGAGGAUUGCCAUCUUUUCAUGAAGUUGGUCUCCAAAUAUUACAGAAGGCAGAUGAUUGUGAGAGAUUGCAACCGUUUCCACCAUUUCAGGGAUGGGUCCUGUUCAUGCUCAGAUUAUUGGUAAAGUACUAAAAAUAAAAAGUAAAAAACCUUUAGUUCCAUCUAAUAGGAAUUGUGUAUUAUAUCAAUUUAUUCUUAAUAUAAUUAAUUGAGAGCUUUUAAGACAAGGGUAAGAACAGGACACCGAGUGUUCCUGCCUUUCACGAGCAUUUUUUUUGAAGGAAAUAACAGAUGCUAUAUUAAAAUUAA